AUGUUGUUGAGUGCUUGUUGACGUAAGAAGGAAAGAGGAAGCGUAGGCUUGCAUGGUGCGCUGCAGCUGCGAUGGCGCUUACACUGGUAUCCAUCUUAAUUGCUGCCAUUCCUGUGGCCUACUGCUAUCCUACUGCCUUCGAGGACCUGCAGGAAAGUAGCACCAACCGAACCUCCAUUAAGUUCCUGGCUUUAGGAGACUGGGGCGGCGUGCCUUACCCGCCUUACAUCACCGCUGUGCAGAAGGCUACUGCUCGAGAAAUGAGCAAAGUAGCAGAGCAGAUGGGAGCUGACUUUAUUCUGGCCCUUGGCGAUAACUUCUACUACAAAGGUGUGGACAGCGUGGAUUCUCCUCGGUUUCAGGACACUUUUGAGGAUGUGUACACGGCAAAGUCUCUCAGAAUCCCCUGGUACGUGCUCGCUGGCAAUCAUGACCACGCCGGGAACGUCAAAGCCCAGAUCGAGUACAGCCACAGAUCUGACAUAUGGAGGUUCCCCUCUUACUACUACGAGCUGAACUUCCGCAUCCCCAACACCGGGAAGACCUUGACCAUCAUCAUGCUGGACACCGUAAUGCUGUGCGGUAACUCUGACGACUUUGUGGACGAGAAGCCCAGAGGCCCCCUGCGUGAGGUGGACGCCAACCGUCAGCUUGUGUGGCUGCAGGAGAGACUGGCUCGGUCCAAGGCGGACUUCCUGCUGGUGGCCGGCCACUACCCCGUGUGGUCCGUGUCUGAACACGGGCCCACAGAGUGUCUCCUGCAGAGGCUUCACCCUCUGCUCAUUAAAUACAAAGCCACCGCUUACCUCUGCGGUCACGACCACAAUCUGCAGUACAUCGAAGAGUCCGGCGUGGGCUACGUGGUGAGCGGUGCUGGAAACUUCCUGGAUCCCGAUGUCCGUCACUGGCACCAUGUUCCCAAAGGUUCUGUGAAGUUCUUCACUGGCAAAGCUUCGACACUGGGAGGAUUCGUCCACGCAGAGGUCACAAAGAACAAGAUGAUCCUGACCUUCUUCCAGGCUAAAGGCACUUCUCUCUAUCGCACCGUCCUUUCCCAAAGGACCUUUGAGUAGACUCACAGCAACGGUCACGUAUGUCAGUUACACACAGUUUAGUUUGAGAUCAAAAGUAAUGGCUAAUAAUCCUGCAUUUUUAAACUUUGGCAUUAAUAUUUCAAAGCAAUUCCUAAUGCAAGUUUUAAAAAAAGAGAAUCAACUUGUUUUUAUAUAAAUUUAUUGUAUGAUAAAAUAAUAAAUGUGGUUUGUAAAGAA